AAAAAUCUUUUAGUUAGUACAGAGAUUUAGCAUCAACUUCAAUUUGAAAUAUGAGUCUGUCAAAUCCUGUUGUAUGCAACAUGAGAGCCGAGAACGAAAAACUUCAACAGCAAAUCAAAGAGCUGAAAAAUGAGAAUAAAACUCUCAAACAACAAAACUCUACCAUACGUGACCUUAAAGUCGAGAACGCCGACCUUAAGGAGCAAAAAAGAGAGCUCAUAAAUGAGAACAAGAUUCUCCAAAAAAACAUUGAAGUUCUCUUCAAACGAAGUGGGUUCUCUAAAAACAAGAGGAAAAGAGACCUGCAACUAGAGAAUGAAACAAUUCACUUCAAAAUUCAAGAGCUGGAAUAUUGGAACCAAAUUCUAAAGGAUUUAAACAGCUCCAAAACCAAAGAGAUCCAGCAACAGAAAGAGGUGAUGCAGGAAAUGGAGGCAGAAAUCAGAGAGUUGCAAAGCAGCAAGACAGGCUUGGUUAUAAAAGUGGGAGACAUGGAAAAGGACAACCAGUCUUUAAGAGAGGAAAAUGAUGUGACGGUAAAACGCAUGUGUGAGCUGAAAAGGGACUUUGAAAAGGAAAAAGAUGACAUGCAACAGGAAAUACAGGCUGUUAAAACUGAGCUCCAUCAGGCAAACACAGCCUUUAAAGAGUUACAAGAGAGUGAAGAAAGAAAAAGGAUCAUGAAUGAGGAAAACAAAACAACGGACAGUGAACAGCUCAGACAGACCCUGGAACUCCAAUGCUUUGCACAUGAAAUUGACAUAUUGAGGCAUAACGAACUUCUUGAACAGGACCUCCAGGAGCUUUCCAAAAGGAGUGGUGAUUCUCAAAAAGAACUGAAACCACACGAUGAGGGUGUGAAAGGAGAAUCACGGAUCUCCAAAGCCACUGAGAAAGACUCUGAACAUGAUUUUAACGUGACCAACAGAGAAAAGGAGUUGUUGUGCCAUGAAUUUGAGGAAAGAAAAGAGAGCUUGAAGAGGUCAAGAAAAAUCUGUAUGAUUACAGGAAGCCUUGAAAACAGAAGACAUGGCGUUGCAAACCCAAGCUCAGACUCCCAAAGUUUCACAGGAAGAACAUAACAAUCUGAUAAACAACUACGAUGUCCAAGUUGACAUACUCAAACAACAAAAUAAGGCCUUAGAAAAUAAGGUUAGUGACCUUACCAAAAAGAUGUGGAAUGGACGGGAAGCGAUGAGACAAAUGGAAAAGAACUUUCAAGAACAAAGGAAGCUACUCGAAAAUCUCCGAGGAGAAUUCGAGGAAAUUUAGCACAACUACGACUUUGGCCCUCCCUAUUAAACCUGGUUAACACAGGUUCAAUAGGGCUAUAACUUAGACAAUGGAAGUUCAUUUGAUUUAAUUGGCCCAAAAUGAGUGACUGCACCCAGACACUCAGUAGCAAAAGAAUUACAGAGAUUCAAGAGAGAAAACUGUUUCUGCAUAGACUCCUAUAGUACUGCAAGUCGUGUCAUCGCUUGGUGUCCUGCAUAGAGUGCAGGUUUAAGGUAUCUACGUAUCUUUCAGAAUUAGAAGCUAUGCUGCGUCAGGGGUUAUAACAGCUGUGCCCCCCCCCCAACCGGUCGAGGCAGAUGGCCGCCCCUCACUGAGCCUGGUUCUGCCGAAAGUUUCUUCCUGUUAAAAGGGAGUUUUUCUUUCCCACCGUCACCAAUGGCCUUGAUGACUGAUAACCUUCACAGACACUGUCAUCAAGGGUUUGCUCACAGGGGAUCAUCUGAUUGUUGGGGGGUUUUCUCUCUUAUAUUGUAUGGUCUUUACCUUACAAUAUAAACAGCCAAGAAGCGGCUAUUUUUGCGAUCCGGUGCUUUAGAAAUACAUCUUAGCUGAACUGAACUCCAUAACAUCUGGACCGAAAUGCCUACACACAACGGUAGGCAUUUCA